AUGCAGGAGGCAACAGCUACCCGAAAUCCGGAAACCCGGACCCAGGUGGUCAGCGAUGCGGCGUCUUGUGGCGUGGUGGAUAGGUCACCUUCAGCAGGACCUCUGGGGUGUCACGAACAGGCGACGACGGACUGCCCCGGCCUGACUGAGCUCUCCAAAGCCUGUCCGUCGAGCUGUCCCUACGUUGCUCCGCACCCCUACCUCAGCUGCGUGUUCGAGUGCGCUUCUGCAGCAAGCUGUUCCAGCGCCAACAACAACCGCGCCUUUCCGAACAAUCGCACCAAGCAGUGCGAGCCUUGUGCAGUGGUAGGAUGCAAGCGCUGCGAUUCGCAGGACACCUGUGCCGAGUGCUUUGACAACUUUUGGCCCGAAUUUGGGGGCAGAGUUUGUGUUUACGUUUGGGACGAUCGCGCCCAGAGCGGCGUCAAUGCAGCUUUCUCUUUCGCACUGCUGACUAUUCUCCUUGUCUCAGCUGGAGUCUUUGUGAUCGAUCGAUGCAACUGUUUCGGCCGGUGCCUUCCACAAGAGAUCGAAAGCACGGUCAAUGAAUUAGAGGAGGACGAGGAAGAUGCCCUCGUCCGUGUACAGCGUGAUUGUAGCUUGUCCAAGUUUGACACACAAGGCCACACUGAAGAGGCCGUGGAGAUCGAUGAUUAUGACACCACACUUAUGGCGAUCAACCAGGGGAAGCUCCACCGAUUGCGAUGCAAGGUAAAGAACCUGGAGCCGCACCGCACGGCCGGGAUGCGCCACUCACAAAGCCUCCUGAGCCACAUGGAGCGGCAGCAGGUGGUGCAGGACUCAACAUCCGCGACGCUGCUGGGACGUUUCAAAAAUGUGCACUUCGGCGUCGACCUCCACAAGAAGUUCCUGGUGGGUGUCGGCCUACCACUCUUCCACCAGUGGCACCUGUUCUUGAUUCUGUACAGCUUGAUCAUGUGUGCCGGGACUGCGUGGAUCUACUUGGGAUCAACGCUCAGCGGGCAGCUGAUGCGCACCGGCUUAGACCACGUGAGCCACAUCAGCGAGAGCGAGGAGAAUGCCCCCCGGCCGAAAGGUAACCAAUGUGGGGGGUUCUGA